AUGGCAACGACUCAAUUCGACCCGUCCCACUUCAACCCAAAUGCCUUCGAUAUAUAUACAGACGCUGUCGCGGUCAGGACGCCGACCCCCAGUCUGCCAGGAGGAUCGUGUGGUUUCGUGGAUUUAAACCCAGGUGCUAAUGGAGCUCGCUGCGGAUGCCGGAGGUUCUGGAGCCGUUGUCCAACAGGCAAUCCCGCACCGGAUCAAUCCCAAUGGUGUAUGUGCAACCACCACGCCUGCUAUCACGAUGAGGGACCUCGUGAUAUCCCGCAGCCUGAAGUGAGUAUACCAGGCCAAGAGAACGAAAGACCUAGGACUGGACGCGAGCCUCUUAGCCCCGUUAUGGACCUGACCACCAAGACACCUCCAGUAAUUCCUGGAAUGGACUUUACGAGCUUUAACCCAGGAGCCUUAUCUUUUAUCCAGAGGACGCCAGACCCAAGAUUACCGGACCAAAGGAUGCCAUUAGAUAUCGGACCACAUCCCAGGAUCACGGCCAGCCAAACCCAAGGAGCUUCUGCCUCAAUACCUGAUACCCUAAGUUGGGGAGGAUUAAUACAGUCACAGCCAUGCCCUUCUUCUAUACCACCAAUACCAAUGCAAUGCCUAAUGGCUUCUCAAACAGCAUCUACUACGUCAUCGAUCCAAGCCAAGUAUAUACGGCCUUUUGCUGGAAAGGGUCUUCACACGCUCAACAGUGUUCCGGAAAAUAGGCCUUCCUCUCCAACUCAGCCCAUGACCCAGGAUUCACAACCACCUGCUAUAUUUAAGGACCCGGUGCCACAAAACGGAUCUUUUACAUGGACUUCCCAGGGUCACAAAUCAGCUGAUACACCUGGAGCUGGCAUUUCGACCGAAUCUGAGACUCGAGCUUCAUCUUUCAGUGCGGCUAUUUCACGGCGUGCUUUCAAAAACCUAUCUGAUACCGUCAGUGGUCAUGACCAACGGCUUGACCGGCUAGAGACGGUUUCCUUUACAGUCGCAGGGCAUGAAGACUGCCAGGAGAAGCAUGAUCAUGCUGAUAUCCGGAUGACUGAUUUGGAAAGUCGUGUUGAAGAGGUGGAAAAGAUUGUCAAUGAUAACAACAGCAAUGCGUCUCGCCGUGGCGAUGAUGCCAGUGUGUUAUCGGUCUCAACCAGUGUUACAAGUCGUCCAAGCCACUCACAAGAGCUUUGGAGCCAGGUUCAAUCUCUUCAAGCACAGAUGGUUCAACUACAGUCGCUAAUGCCUUCACCCACUCAUCCGUUCGAGAUCGAAGUUGUCUUUCUGCCAUUUCCCCUUAAGAAGGUCUGGCAGGAGGCUCAGCAGUUCAAGAACGAACCCCAAAUUUCCAACGACGACUGGACACAACUCCCAAUGUCACAUAGUGCAACCACAUUGCGCUCUGAAAUGUCUCUAUACCCUGACUGGAUAACCUCGGACCAAGAAACUAAAUGGCUCUUGCCCAAAGCUUGCGCUGACAAGAGUAUCAUUGAUCGACGACUGCGCAGCCGUGGCUUGAUUAAGACGAUAUUAGUCAAGGGCUCAGAUGCUCGCAGCGUUACCAUGGCCAUGAAUGGGGCCUUUGGACAACUCUUUCGCGAGAUGAACAUAUUCUCGCGCGCGCAAACAACUGAUCCGCGCUCAUCCACAUACCUAGGACUCCAGUCCACAUGGGUCCCUCUGCGCAAGAUCCAUAAAGAUUCACGACUACGUUUCCUCAGUCCUGCUGAGAUGAUGACACCUGCGGUCUGGGACGUUCAGUUUCUGAGCCAGGUCAUGAUGAGAGCUUCUGAACCUAGAUUGUUCAUCACUCAUCCUGACGCCUAUCUCCAAGAUUUCCCCGCAUACGAGAUGGGCUGGACCUGGCAAAUGCUCAGGGAGAUGAGCCCAGUCGUUCCUAACCCAUCUGAGUCGUUGGAUGAUAGGAAGGCUUCCGAAGAAUGUUGGAAUUGGGCUGAACAACUUGAUGAGGCACCUAGUGCUGACAUCUCCAUGGGCAUGCGCAAUGAAAAGGCCCCAGCUUCAGUCUCGCCAUCGCAGACAUUUUAUCCAGCUCUUCAAAGGAUGAAAUCUUCGAGCCCGUUUAUGGCACGGGGCCCGUCGCCUCGCCUUGGCAGCCGACGAGGUUCUCAUCCACCUCACAUCCGAACCUCCUCAACGCCCAUGGCUGCUCCGAUCCAAGCUUCGCCCGCACUCAGCAGACGCCGUGUUUCGUCCUAUGGACAAAGCCGUCGCCAAUCUCCCGCGUUGCUUACCAACUCCCAGUCAGCAAUCAUGAAGCGUCGCCGUACAAGAUCUCCCAGCCACCGCUUUACACCAAGGUGGACAGCAUCCCCGAGUCCCAUGCCCAUGGGUCUCAGCGAUCGUCAGCAAGCACGCGGGACUACACCCUUUGCAUAUGCUACGCCGUUCAGUAACGCUCCUCUCCAAGAACGGCCUUUGCGUUCGGGAAGUGUGGCACCCACAGCCGCUCAAGAUGACCUCGAUGAUGACUCUGAUUUCAACAUCGAUAUUUACGAGAGUGGUUCUGAUGAUAUGGAAGACAACGAGAGUGUGGGCGGUAUGGAAAUAAUUACACAUGACCAGGCUUUACCAGGCCGGCGAUCACAGGGUUGGCGACUCCCUGAAGACGAGCCAUGGCCCGGAAUCGAGGACCAACGUGCUGCGGAGGACCACGAAAACGUCGACCCUCAACAUAGUGACCCUGCUAGUAACGUCAGCAGUCAACCCUCGGAGUAUCCCAGUACACAAAAUGUUUGGCCCAACAACAACUCGGCUGAAUUUCACAUUCACGAAGACGAUGACAAUAACAACAGGUCAUGA